AUGGAAGAUAGUCCGCUGUACAUCCAAAAAGAAUUAGGGAUUGAAGACGAAAAGAGUGAUGAGUUCGAAGUCAGCAGAUCUCGGGUACACAUAGGAGCAUUAAUUGGCAGUGGAGCGUUCGGCAGAGUACACGCGGCACAAUUAGACUUGCCUGGUGGAGAGACUAUCACUGUAGCGGCUAAGAUGCUUACGGAAAACGCUUCGGAAGAAGAAAUGCAAGAUUUCCUCCGCGAAAUCAUGAUGCUCAAACACGUCGGCUCACACAAACAUGUCAUACAACUAAUUGCGUGUUGUACCCGCCGAGCUCCUGUUAUCGCACUGUUGGAACACGCUCCUAGAGGUGAUUUGCUGACGCUACUGAGAGCUGCUAGGGGGAGGAGGAAGGACGGUCAAGUGUUGAAUACCACAAAAAGAGUGGAUAGCCACAGUAAUAGUAAUAGUAGACAACGACCGUCGGAAGCGGAUUCGGAAUACACAAAUCUAAGCGACUCAGAUCCUGCACUUUUCGAUGAAAAGUUAUACGUAGAAAAUGAAAAGAAAAAAGACCAUUAUGUAGCUGAGCCGGCGUUACAGUUGGACAGCACCACCAUGAGGAACUACGCGCUGCAAGUCGCCCUCGGCAUGAAGCACCUGGAAGAAAGAGGCAUCACUCACAGAGAUCUAGCAGCGCGGAACAUCUUAGUCGAUGGCGCUGGUCUCCUGAAAGUAGCAGACUUUGGUCUAUCACGGUCAGGCAUAUACGUCCACACCAGAUCACGACCAGUUCCGCUAAGAUGGCUAGCACCUGAAGCAAUAGUACAUUCACAAUACUGUAGCGCCAGCGAUGUCUGGGCGUUUGCAGUCUUAUUGUGGGAGAUCGCUACCUUAGGUGGCUUCCCAUAUGCCGAGUUAAGCAAUUAUCAAGUACCACCUUUUUUGUCAGAAGGUGGCCGUCUACCCAAACCAAACAGAGCUUCUCCAAGACUUUACGAAUUGAUGACUGAAUGUUGGUCCGAAAAUCCUGAACAUAGACCAACGUUUGCCGAAAUUGUUGAGAAACUCACACUUCAAAACCAGUUAUAUGUUGACCUUGACUGUGUUUUCCCACCGUCAGAAGAUGAGCUGAAGGGUCUACGAGAUUAUGAUUUCGAUACGGCUAACUACAACGGUCCUUUUAACCGAUAA